AGUUUAUGUCACAUUUAAAUUAUUCGUGAAAUUCAUUUUUGUUUUACUGUCAUAGACGAGUAAUACAUGGUUAUAGUGUGAUAAAUUUUAUAGUAUAGUGUUAAAUACACAUUACAAAAGUUCAAUUUGUAUAUGUGUAUUAAAUCAAAUUUAUCAAACCAAGGAAGAGUGGAAAGAAUAUUAGGCUGAGGUUCAGACAAAUGAUGGGCCUAUAUAUAACAAUGUUAUUUGUGGGCGCAAGAUAUUUCCAGUGUAAUGUGUGGCUGAAGCAUCUCUAUGUGGCAUCUUCUGAAAGCUUGAAUUAGAUAAAUGUAAUACGGUUCAUUUUUUAUUGGCUGAGGUUCAUUUUUUACCUCCAUUCCAUUGUGGCGAAACUUCCUUGCUUUUCAGGUGACACCGUAUUACAUUUAUUGGCUAUGCUACACAACAUACAAAAUAACAUUUCUCUUUUAAUGAAAUUCUUAAGUACUAUUGGUUGGAAUCAUUUUGAGGAGUGGUAGCUGGCACUUUUCAUUGCAUUCCCACCUCUCUUGUAUUCUCUAUUCUAUCCAAUCCAAACUCCAAUCCUCGUUGGCUACAUAGCAUUCAUAAUCACACACACACACACACACACACACACACAUUACGAAUGGCUGGUGAGGUAAAAUCCACCAGAAAGUGCAGCAUUUCACUUGAAGAACUCAGCAAACACAACAAGAUAGAGGAUCUUUGGAUCUCAAUCCAUGGAAAGAUCUACAAUGUAACCAACUGGGCCAAACACCACCCUGGAGGUGACCUUCCAUUGCUUAACCUCGCCGGCCAAGACGCCACAGACGCGUUCCUCGCCUACCAUCCCCUUGCAGCCUCCCAACACCUUCACAACUUCUUCACAGGGUACUAUCUCCAAGAUUACGCCAUCUCCCAGGUCUCUGGAGACUAUAGGAAGCUCUUGUCCCACUUCACAGCAAUGGGGAUGUUUGAUACCAAGGGACACACCGUCUUCUUCACAAUGCUGCUCAUGGCAGUGCUAUUCUGUUCCAGUGUUUAUGGCGUGUUCUGUUCUAGCAGCCCUUUGGUGCAUGUCUGUUGUGGUGGCCUAAUGGGAUUCUUUUGGAUUCAGAGUGGUUGGAUUGGACAUGAUUCCGGCCACUACCAGGUCAUGACGACGCAGCGUUUCAACCGUUUCGCGCAAAUUCUCUCCGGGAAUUGCCUUGCUGGGAUUAGUAUUGGGUGGUGGAAGUGGAACCACAAUGCUCACCACAUUGCUUGCAAUAGCCUUGAUCAUGAUCCGGAUCUUCAGCACAUUCCUUUCUUUGUGGUAUCUUCCAAGUUCUUCAAUUCCAUUACUUCUUGCUUCUAUGAUAGGAAAUUGAACUUUGAUUGUGUUGCUAGGUUCUUGGUGAGCUAUCAGCACUUCACAUUUUACCCUGUAAUGUGCUUUGCUAGGCUCAAUUUGUUUGCACAAUCUUUCUUCUUCUUGUUUUCCAAUAGGAAGGUACCAAACAGGGUUCAAGAGAUUUUAGGGAUGCUUGUUUUCUGGAUUUGGUACCCUCUUUUGGUUUCAUUCUUACCAAAUUGGGGAGAAAGAAUAGUGUUUGUGAUUGCAAGUUUUGCUGUGACUGGGAUACAGCAUGUUCAGUUCUGUUUGAACCAUUUUUCUUCAAGUGUGUAUGUUGGGCCACCAAGAAGCAGUGAUUGGUUUGAGAAGCAGACAAUUGGGACACUCAAUGUGGAUUGCUCUCCUUGGAUGGACUGGUUCCAUGGUGGACUGCAGUUCCAGGUGGAGCACCACCUGUUUCCGCGGCUGCCGCGGUGCCAUCUGAGGAGCAUUUCACCUCUUGUGAAGGAGCUUUGCAAGAAGCAUGGAUUGCCUUACAACCAUGUCUCAUUUUGGAAAGCUAAUGUGCUAACACUUAACACACUCAAGGAUGCAGCAUUGCAGGCUAGAAACCUUUCCAAUCCCAUUCCCAAGAACUUGGUUUGGGAAGCCGUUAACACUCAUGGAUGAAUGGAAAAAUUCUUCUACACAUUGUUUUGUUAAGUUUCAGUUGUUAAUCAUUGGUAUUUUGUCUUUCCAAUUAUGUUUCCUUUAAUCCGUUUAGACAAUGGAAUGCUGAAUACUACUCAUCAUUCAUUGUCUAGUUUAGUUUGUUGGAUCCCAUUUACUAUGUGAUCCAUUAAUAAUUACAUUUUCCUCUAAAUCGAUUCUGGGUC